AUGCGCGCGUGGUUGCUGGCUUAUUCCCCUUCAUCGACAGAAGGCUCUUUGCCAUUAUCUAAGACCAUCGGGACCAACAUAACCAAGCAUAUGAAGUCACAAACACUACGUGUUUCCACGGUGAUGACUUCAUGGUUGCGGGAGCGGUGUUGCUAUUUUUUGGAGCCAAGGAUGUGCACUAAUUUUUAG